AUUCUUUUGACUGCGUUGACGUUGCCCCGAUCAAUAUUAGUAAACAAGUAUAAGCGAACAACCAAAUCUACUGACAAUUUGCACUUGAAAUGACAAGUGACGCACCGCCGUCCUAUGAGGAAUCAUUAGAACAGAAUAGGCAAAUUAGGAAUGAUUCUAUUAGGUCAACACAGCAGCAAUCAAGACGAACUAGGAUAUGGGAAGAACGAUCUAUCGAUUCAACAACAUAUUCAACGUCUUCUUUUGACGAAGAGUCACAAUGUACGAAGCUAACAUUCGCCCCGAUGCCCUUAUCAGUAGCAGUAAUAUGUCUGAUUUUAAAUAUAAUAAUUCCCGGUCUUGGAACCCUAUUAGAGGCCGUAUGCCUUUGUUGUUUUACAAAGAAUUUCUCACCGAAAGAAAAGAUUUUUGGAUUCUUUACUAACGUUUUUAUCGGUUUAUUGCAAAUGGCUCUUGUUCCUUUACUUUGCAUUGGUUGGAUAUGGAGUAUAUUAUGGGGCGUAGCCUUAAUUGGUGCUUCAAAUACCGAGUAUAAUAAUCAAGUCGGAAUAGUAGUAGAAGAAAACUCAAAUGUGAGACGUCGAGAAAUUUCUACAAUUAGUCACAACUAUCGAACUUUCGAAGGAUUCAUCUUUCCACCUCCUCCACCUAAGUACGACGAUGUUUAUCCAAGACUACCAAAUAGGACUAACAAUGUGAGGCCAAGUGUUAAUUCGGUAAUUCUACUUGAUAGUAGACUUUCUAGACCUAGAUCUAUUCAUAAUUCCAUAACUCCUGUUGAGACUGCUGAGGAAGGAAAUCCGAUAACAACAACAAGAUACCCAAGAACUAUAACAGAAGAUCUAAACCAAUCAUCAAUACAAAGAUAUUAGAAUGAAAAAAAAAAACCAAAAAAGAAACUGAUCUUAGGAAGAGUAUGACCUCUUUUCCUAAAUAAAGUUCUCUACAGACAUUAUAUACUUGGUAAUUGAUUGAUAAAUUGUUUUUUCUUUUUGGUUUUACAAACAACUUUGUAUUUUGUAUAUCUCAUAAAAAAAACAAAGUGGAACAUGUAAUAAAUAAAGCUUGUUGUUUCAUAUUUUUUUAAAUAAUUUUCAUAUUUUUAUAAGCAUUUUACAAAGUUUAAAAAAAUAAGCAAUGUUUUUACUCUUAUAUACAUAUUUUAAUCAUUCCUUAGAAUGACUUUUUGAAAAUAGUCCUUUCUUAGUUUUGUUGUUAGCGGCGAAUUUACUUACGUCUUCUUCGCAGAGAAGAACUCCGUUGCGUCUAACGCGAAGAGCGUCUACACUUGAGGUAGCUCUUUCUUUUUCAGUUAGACUAUAUGUUCUAAAUGUACCUGCUUGAGAGACACGUUUGUCUGAGAAUGAACAGCGUCUAUUUUCAUAUUCCUCCCCUUCUGAUUCAUCGUCCGUUUUAUAUAUUGUUAAAUUUUGAACAUUCUCGGUGGAAUUAAAAGGACUAGAUUGAACCGAUUCUGCAUCUUCAUUUUCACUCUGCAGCAUAGAUAUUAUGCUCCUACAAGCAUUUACAUCAUCUUGCGAUAAGUGACGCUUAAAGUCUGGUGGAUGCUCGUUCUUUUCCAAAUAUUGAAAUUUUACCUCGGAAAGUUUAACAAUUUGUUCAAGAAUUUGAUUAUCCCUUUUACAUCUAACUAGUUCCUUUUCUAAAUGUUCAAACUUUUCGUCUUGCUGCAAUCUUUUUCGCAUUUCCUCAUAAUAUUUUUGCUUUUCGUCUAUCUUUUCACUUUCUAAUUUUUUCAAUCGGUCAUUCAUUUUUUUUUCAUUUAUUUCAAAGUUAGAAUUUUGUUCUUGAAGCUUCUGGCAAUUAACUUCUGCACUUUCCAAUUUCUGUUGUAGGUCCACUAAUAGUCUACCAGCACGUUCCUCCAUUUUGUUAACAAAGUGUACGCACUGACUUUCACAAUCGUUUAUAAAUGCUUGAUUUUGAAUGACUUGAGUAAGUAGUUGAUCGUAUUUAUUCAUCCAAAAGGAUCUAUCGUCGACAGCCGUCUUUAACUUUAAGUCUAACGUCUUUUCUAGUGUUGCGUCUAGGUCGGGAGGCCUGUAAUACUCGGACGGAGGAUGGUCUUCAUCUUUUACGUCAAAGCGGAUCUCGGCGAAUAAAUCCUUAAUACUUUGUUUUAUAAUUUUCGUAUCCUUUUGUAGUAAAAGUUUUCCAUCGGUAUCCAUUAUCUACAAAGGUAAAUAUUCAAAUGUGAUUAUAAUUUCCCCGGCAAACACGAUAGCUCGGUUAUGUUAAACAUUAAACAAUGGAGUAUUAGGUUACAAAAAAGGCCUAACUACAUUAUAUUUAGUUAGUACUGAACAUCAAACAAACAAGAGACAAAAUAUUCUAAGUCUACUUUUGUCCGCUUCUGUAUCGUACUUUCGCCAAAUAUAUACGUAUACAAGUAUUUUUAAAUACACUCUUAAUAUAGGUGUCACCCAUCUCUUCAUAUACUUUCUCGCUAUAUCGGAUAUCUAUUGCGUAAUAGGCCUCGUAGUAUUGUAAAAACGAUUUUUCGGUACAUUUUCAACACGAUCUAAUUAGAUGAAGAAAAAAACUGGCUAUAAAAUUGUCUAAAAAAUGUUAGAAACGUAACUAACGUAUAGAGAUGAGAAAAACUGGUUGAAAGGAUAUAUAUUAACAUAGGCUAAAUUUCUUACCCUUUCUAGAGUAUUAGACAAUAUUUGUAAAGAUGAAUGAAAGACAUUUUACAAUUACUAUCAAUUUAAGUUUUCAUCUUUUCUUUAAAAUUUUGAAUGAACAAUACUAUUAAAUAAGAAAUAUGACUUUCGAACAAAGUAUUACUAUAUCGUAUGACACUUUAUCAUUUUCCUUUUUUUCCCUAUCUACAACUUCUUUUUUAUUCUAAAUCGAAAUUGUACAGAAUUGUAAACCUUUUAUUUAUUAUUGAUGAAUUAAUUAAAAUAUUUAGUUAUCUCUCUGAAUAUCGCUACUUUUUAAAAUGUUACAUAGAGAAUAAUUUAAAUAUUAUUUACGCCAAAAGAUUUAUAGAUCAUAAACGUUCACACUUUAACACUAAAAAUGCUCGUUCUUUAUGACUUCUUAAAGUUAAAUGGUAUUCAAACAAGAUUUUUCUUUUUUCUCCUGUCAAUGACUGGUGUUUUUUACUUUUAAGUGUAAAAAUCGUGAAUAAUGAGAAAAAUAACCGGAAUAAUGCUAAGUGAAUAGAGAGAAAAAAAGAAUAACGAAAUAAAAAAGGGGAAGAAGACUUAACCCACAUGGUAAAAUUUCUCACUUUUUUUUAUAGGCCUAUUCAAGUAAUGUCAAAAUUAUUAAUCUGCCCUGUCAAUAUUAAAUGUAUAAAUCUAAUAGUUUUAUACUCAAAAGCACGGUGGCUUUUAUAUAUUUACAUAAAUAAUUUUAUGUAUUGUCGAUAAAUUGUAAAUUUAGAUUAAUUACUGGCUGUUUUCUGUACAAGUUAAAUAGGCUUAUAUAGGAAGCUAGUCAUAGCAUUUCCUUCUUUCUAAAUUAUUUUUAGCUAUCUUUCUCUCCUUCCCUUUUAUACGUUACAUACUUUAGCCUCCUACUCUAAACUUGACAAUAGAAUUAACUUUAUUGUACCGUCAAAUAGUCAGAAAAUGAAAGUUUAAUGAAUAGGCGAAAAACUAUUUAUAUAUAAAAAUAUUUCUAAGAAAACAAUCAUUCUAUUAUGAAAGAGAAAGAGAGGAUUCUACUUAUAAAAUCUACAAUAUAAGAAAAUAUAUUUAUACAAAUCUUGAAAGUUUAUGCGCUAUAAAUCGCUCACUCAUUCAAUUAUGUUCACACUACGAACCUCUGUUCUAAUACCAUUACUUCUUUGAAUAGUUUCGGAUAUAAUGUUCUUUUGAUCCCUCUUAUAUUUGAUUUCCUUUUUAUAUCCUUCUUGUUAUUGUUCGCUUCCGACUCUGCUACCAAAAAAUCACAACUUGAAGAGAAAAACUAUACAAUAAAAAAUAAAUACUAAAUACACGCGUCAGCUAUCAAAAAAAAGACUCGCCUUUCAAGGCUCUUUUGAAUUUUGGGCGAGCAAUUACUUUCAGUCGUAGAGUGAGAGGGAGCAAUAAGUAAAAAACAAGAAAAAGAUAGAAAGAAAAAGAACAAUAUGUAAACGGAGAACUUUCACAAAAAGUUUAUAUUGUACUUUUUAACAAGAACACAAAAGUAGAUACUAAUAUAUAUAUAUAUAUAUAUAUAU